AGUGUUGAUUACCUACCCAACUAGUCCCAACUACAUCGGCACCAAGCCGUACCACCGCCAAAAUGACCGACGUGAUUGACAAAGAACAAACCAACAGCACCAAUCCCUCCAACACCACAGACAACACCAACACAGCUCCCCAAUACUACUACAUAGAUCCUCGCUAUGGCCCGCUCGCUCGCGUCAACACAGCUGAGACCCAGCUCCCGGCUUUUGCCAGCGAGCUGCAGCCCGGUCUGCAUCGUCCUGGCCCCGUCGAGACGCAAAAGAUGGGCAAUCCGGCGCCAUUGGGACUUGCGGCUUUCGCGUUGACUACGUUCAUCCUGGGCACUAUUAAUAUGGGGGCAAGGGAUAUUACGGAGCCUAAUAUUGUUGUUGGGCCGGCGUUUGCGUAUGGCGGAUUAGUGCAGCUUUGCGCGGGAAUGUGGGAAAUGGCCGCUGGAAACACAUUCGGUGCCACGGCAUUGUCCUCGUACGGCGGUUUCUGGAUUUCCCUGGCUAUCGUCUUCACUCCCGGCGGAUUCAAUAUCAUGUCUAGCCUAGAAAAAGCCGGAGGCGGAACCCCGGACAUGUUCUACGACUCUCUCGGUUUAUUCCUUCUGGGCUGGUUCAUAUUUACCUUCCUCCUCGUCCUCUGCACGCUCAAAUCCACCUUCGUCUUCUGCGGCAUCUUCAUUACCGUCGACAUCGCCUUCCUGCUCCUGGGCAUCGGAUACAUCCACCGCAACGGCUCUUCGUCACCCAAUGAACCUGUUAUCAAGGCUGGCGGGCUGUUUGCGUUAUUGGCGGCGUUCCAGGCCUGGUAUGUUUGCUUGGCUGGGUUGGCGAACGAUAGUAACAGUUUUGUGCGGAUUCCGGCGACACAUUUCCCGUGGUCGGAGAAGGGGAGGGCGUCGAGGAAGAAGAACUUAAGUUAAAUGGAUAUUUGGGAAUAUAGGGGUCUGGUAAUAAUAGUGGUAUAGAGUCGUG